AAUUUGUGGCUCGGUGCUGUGUGGAAUCACCUGUCAGACGAAGCUGCGUGCGAAUCGGCACGAAUCGAUCCGGCGAAGCGAAAGAACGGUUAGCGAGCGGGUGUAUUGGUAGACCUACGCCGUGAGAAACGUUAACGCGCACCGAUAUGACAGCGGUCGAUCUUCUCUAGUCUAGCUGUGUCGUUCCCUCUCGCAAUCCCAAGCGGCAGCAUUAUCUCUCUCGCGAGCAGCGUGCAACGAGCCCGUCAAUAAUGCAAAGUGUCAUAAACUCCGUGAAAGGCACCGCUUUGGGUGUCGCUGAAUACCUAACGCCGGUGUUGAAGGAGAGCAAAUUUCGAGAGACAGGUGUUUUGACACCGGAAGAGUUUGUAGCAGCCGGAGAUCAUUUAGUACAUCAUUGCCCUACAUGGCAAUGGGCUACCGGUGAUGAGGACAGAGCUAAGUCUUAUCUACCGAAGGACAAACAGUUUUUGUUGACCCGUAAUGUCCCCUGCUCACGUCGGUGUAAGCAGAUAGAGUAUAGCAACGAACAGGAAUGUAUUAUAGAAGCAGACGAUACCGAGGGAGGUUGGGUGGACACCCAUCACUAUGACAUCAGUCUUGCCGGCCUGGAUGAGAGGGUGACGGAAAUGACAUUGGAGGAGACACAGCCGUCUCAAACGGACAAUGUGGACGACGAUGAGGACGACGAGGAUGCCGCUGACAUGGAGGCUUUCGAAGUUAGCGGAAUGUUGGACGAGCAGGAUAAGCACGUAGCGCCGGAGAACACGAAGAAGACCGGUCAGGAGAAACGGGACUCGUUCUCGGAGGGGGAGAUUAUCCGCACCCGCACCUACGACUUGUACAUCACAUACGAUAAAUAUUACCAAACGCCUAGGCUGUGGCUGUUCGGGUACAACGAGAACCGGAAACCGCUCAAUGUGGAGGAGAUGUACGAGGACGUUAGUCAGGAUCAUGCCAAGAAGACUGUCACGAUGGAGAUUCACCCGCAUAUACCUGGCCCUCCCAUGGCUUCUGUUCACCCGUGCAGACACGCGGAAGUGAUGAAGAAGAUCAUCGAGACGGUGAUGGAGGGCGGCGGGGAACUAGGAGUGCACAUGUACCUAAUAAUAUUCCUGAAGUUCGUGCAGUCCGUCAUACCCACCAUCGAGUACGACUACACGCAGAAUUUCAUGUUAAACGCGUCCGGUUAAAUGUAUCGCUCUAGUGCGUUGUGAUUGAUAUAAAUCGCUUACGAAGCACAUUCAUAGCGGAUACGCGCGAGAUAUUUAUGUAUCGAUGUUUUACCACGCUUCUCGUCGUCGAGCAAAUGAUAUUCGAGGUCGCAAGAAUGCGAGGACUGUGCGAUUAUUAACAUGUGUCUUGAGCUUGAAGAAUGUACCAACGAUGUGAACCGUUCAUUCCCAUUUGCGCAAUCGCGAGACUAAAGAUUUUAAAUCGGAUCUCGACGUUGACCAAUGUCGUUAAAGAUCCGUUCGUUAUACUCGAUUGAGUUCGAUGUAGACGUGCACCGGCACCAGAUGAUUUUUACACUCGCGAAACACAGCUGAGCACAUAUUAUUUGACGUGACAACCGUUAGACAAUAAUGUGGAAGAAUGAAGGCUACGGUGAAAGCAACGAAGAAUCCAGCAACGGAAA